AUGUUCACUUCACAUGUAGAAGCUAGGAGGCUACAUCCACCCCCAGAACGACCCCGCAAAGCGCUUCGGUCCCCGCAUCGCCAGAUUGCCUUCCGCAACGAAUAUAUCGCGACCUCACAAACACGUCUGGUUCUCAAACCACAAGGCGACGCUCAGUCAGCCGUUUCAUUCAAGAUCGUUGACGACGAAGAUAGUUCGGUGAAGUUCACUGUGAGUGGCAGAAAGUAUGGCGAUCGCUCUUGUCGAGAAUUUCGUGACUCUUCAGGACUCCCCCUAUUUGAACUUCACCAGAAAGCCGUUUUUACGCAUUCCUGGUUCAUCACAUUGCCCGGAAGCGAUCAUGCAAGUAUAGCCAAAGCUGCACCAAAAUGGUCCUUUAUUCACGGGCUUGAUGACUUUAGCCUAUCAUUCGAGAAUCAAGCUGCCGUGGAUGGGAAAGCACAAGAAGAGAGACGGGUCAAAUUGAAUAUCGAGAGACAUGGUAGCAUCCUAGCGUUGUAUGAUGUUGUGGACGGAGAUAGGAAGGUGGCGGUAGUGAGGGAAAGUAUAGAGCACAACGAGACUUUGCCCUUUAUGAACUCUCGAUGGCGCAGGUAUAAACCUAUUCUCGAGGUCACUGUGACUUCUGGAGCGGACACAUCAAUGGCUGCUGCCAUUGCCGUGAUUCUAUCAGAUUGGGUGUUUAAAACAGGUUGGAUGAUCUAG